AUGACAGUCGCCGUCUCGCAUUGGACGAGGAGCCCAGACACCAGUGUCAGGCCCAGCUCGCACCCGACAGACUACGAAGACGACAUGACAUACUCGGAAGUCCAUUUCUCAGUAGAGCCCAUGGACGCAGACAAAGACAGCAACGGGGGAUCGUCCCACCUGCAUUGGCAAGGGGUGACAGCAGCAGAGACAGCGGCAGGAGGUGGACACUGGGGGUCGGCCGCUGGUAGUGCAGUGGACGACGGUCUUUUCUUCGAGGAAUUUGUCGACCUCGAGAGGCUUUCGACGGCCGGAGGGGACGAGCUCCCUCCGUCCUCUGCCUUACCCGACUCGUUCGUCUACAACAUGCCACUCCCCGCUCAUGGGUCCUCGUCUACAACAAGAAGCGUAUCGGACGAUCUGGACGAGCUGCUAAGUUGCCACACACAGCCGCUCGUGGAAGCUAGGGCUAGCGCUGCAGCAGGUCCCGCUGCCACAUUAGUGUCCUCAUCAGCAGCCGCUAGAGUAGCGGCGGCGACUUCAGACGCGGUGGUUCCGCCAGCUGUGGGCGCUCGGGGUGUGCAGUCUUCGUGGAUCGACCGCGCAGAGGAGCAAGGACAAAGGAAAGCUUCUUCCUAUCCGGACACAGCUGCUGCUGGCGGGGCCAAGUCGAUCUCUGACUCUGAGCUCCUCCGCCUUGAAGGCAUAUCGUUGAAAGCGUCGCCUUCUCGCGCUCCUUCUGUCGUUGUUUCCCAUCCUCCUACUCCUCUUCUUCAGGCCUCGUCCGCUACCAGCAGCAACACAAACCUCCACCUCGCCGGCAGCAGCAAUACCAGCAAUACUAACAACAACAACAACGUCAACCACACGAACAACGGUGGUCGUAAGCCGAGCAGCUUCUUCAAAGCCGUCGCCUCCAAACUGCAGCAGAAAGCUGCCUCAGUCCGUCAUAAACAGCCCAACAUGUCAUCCGUUGGCGUCGAAAUCAAGGGGCCCCUCUCGCCCACCGUCUCGCCUCGCAAGGCCUUCAAGCUUCGCCCCGAGCACCUGACCGGCCUCGGCGGACCGCCUACCAGACUUCCUCUCUCUCCUCCCAACAGUGCUACCAUCCCUCAAGACUUGCCUACUUCCUCAUCAGCUGGUAGCAACGGCAUGCCCUUUUGUGGUGGAUACGUUGAGGAUCCCUUCUUCGAUGGUAGCUCUGUUCCCAUGUUCCGCCGCAGCGACCCUACCACCCCCAUGGACACCCCCGUCCUCGACGACAAGAGCGGCAUGUUCUAUCACCACCAACAGAUGAGCUCGGGCAAUGUCAACAAGGCCGCCUGGCCCAUGGCCACCACCACCCCUCAGACAGACUCUCAUGCCGCCUGGUCCAACCCCUAUGCCACCGAUGGCCUCGACAACCAGUGGUGGGACAACAGCCACAUGGAUCUGUCAACAAACUCACAGUACCAGGCACAGAAUGCGCGCAACGCUACCUUCAACCUGGCCAUGCACACGCAACAGAGCGAGCUGCCCUACGAAUACAACAGCCUCGCUGCCGCCGCACCCGAGAUGUCAGGACUCAUGAUUCACAUGCCCCAACCUCGCACCACCUCAUCGCCCGUCGUCCACUACCAGGCACAACAGCUUCACCACCCCCAACAGAUGACCGAGCGCCGGCCCCGCAUGCCCCGCGCUCCUUCGGCCGGCGCCCGCCACAUGUGCAUGUCGACGCCCAUGCGCAAGACCCGCAACCCGAGCCGCACACGCCAGGGUAGCCGCGAUUCCUCGACGUCGCCCACUCCCACGAACCGUUCCCGUCACAGCAGCGGCGGCUCACUUGCGAGUGUCGGCGGCGGAGCAGCCCUCAGUGCCAGUGUGAAGAAGCGCCGGUCGUGGCAGCGCCGCGAGAGCAUGCGCACACCAUCACUCGGAGGUGGAAUGGGCGCCGCGGCCGAGGGCCUCGGCUUCGUCAACUUCACCCCGAGCGACAAGAACAUCCUCAUGACCGGAGUGGCACCCAGCGGAAGCUCAAAGACCAAAGCCCGCCGCGAAAAGGAGGCGAACGAGAAGCGUAGACGGCUUAGCGAGGCCGCCAUCAAGGCCGUCAAGGCGGCAGGCGGCAACGUCGACAAGUUGGUCGAGGAAGGAUUCGUUUUCUAA